AUGGACCUCCGGAAGCGCCGGCCCGAGACCCGCGAGAAGCGGACGACGACGACGCCCCGCGACCCGAGCGUGAAGGUGCGCUUCCGCACGUCGCUCCACAACACGGUCGUCGACGUCAUGGCCGCGCUGGAUGGGUGGGAAGAGACCGAGAGCGACGUCGAGUGGGACUUGCACUGGGCCGACGUGGGCUGGGUGCGCGAGAACUUUGACGCGAUGGAGCCCAAGUGGCGCGACCACCAGCGCAUUAGCCACUUCAAGAACCAUUACGAGCUCACGAGGAAGGACCUUCUCGUCAAGAACCUCAAGCGCUUGAAGCGCCAGCAGUCCAAGAGCGACCUCCUCGCUUCGGACGACGUCCCAGACUUUUGGAGCGUCACGUUCGUGCUGCCGAUGGAAUAUGGCAUGUUCCUCGAAGACUUCAAGCGCUGUCCUGGCGCGCUCUGGAUCAUGAAGCCGAUCGGGAAGGCACAGGGCCGCGGUAUCUUCCUCUUCGACAAGCUCAGCCAAAUUAGCGAGUGGAAGAAGGACCAUACGUGGAAGACGGACGUUGUCCAGACCAAGACGUCCGACACGUACAUUGUUCAAAAGUACAUUGAGAACCCGUACACGAUCGGAGGCAAGAAGUUUGACCUGCGGCUGUACGUGCUCGUCACGUCCUUCUCUCCGCUUGUUGUGUGGAUGUACCGCUCUGGCUUUGGUCGGUUUUCGAGCGCGCGCUAUUCGCAAGACAAGACGACGAUGGACAACUUGUACAUGCACUUGACCAAUGCGUCGUGGCCGCUCGCGCACCUCAAGCAAUUUAUGGUCUCCAAGCAUGGUGUGCGGGCUGUCGACACCCUCUUUUACGACAUCCAAAUGGUCAUUCUGCGGUCGCUCCAGGCCGUCCAGCCCAUCCUGAUCCAGAACAAACACUGUUUCGAGCUCUACGGCUACGAUGUGCUCAUUGACAGCGACUUGAAGCCGUGGCUCCUCGAAGUAAACGCGUCGCCGUCUCUCACGGGCGACACGGACGAGGACUACAACCUCAAGUGGAACUUGAUCAAGCACACAAUGCAGGUUGUCGAUAUGGAAAAACAGCGCAGCGGCAACGAGCUGCACGUUGGUGGCUUUGAUUUGAUUUGGGAUAACGGCGCCGUUCAAGAUGCCCGACCCAAUGGCUACCUCUCGUAUUUAGGCUGUGCGUUCAAGACAGAGGCCCACCCGCCCCGCACCAAGGCCACGUAA